AUGUCCACUGGGGGCAGGUUCAACUUUGACGAUGGGGGGUCUUACUGUGGCGGGUGGGACGAAGGCAAGGCCCAUGGCCACGGCAUCUGCACGGGGCCCAAAGGCCAGGGCGAGUACGCCGGUGCGUGGAGCCAUGGUUUUGAGGUCCUGGGUGUGUAUACGUGGCCCAGUGGCAACACCUUCCAGGGCACGUGGGCACAGGGCAAACGCCACGGCAUCGGUGUGGAGAACAAGGGCAAGUGGGUUUACAAGGGGGAGUGGACGCAUGGAUUUAAGGGGCGUUACGGAGUGCGGGAGAGCACCGGGGCCAGCGGCAAGUAUGAGGGCACGUGGAACAACGGACUGCAGGAUGGAUAUGGGACCGAGACCUACUCAGAUGGAGGUACAUACCAGGGCCAGUGGGUGGGUGGCAUGCGUCACGGCUACGGCAUUCGGCAGAGCGUCCCAUACGGCAUGGCGGCCGUGAUUCGCUCUCCACUGCGCACCUCGAUAAACUCUCUGCGCUCGGAGCACAGUAACGGCACUGCGGGAACGCCAGGCACGGGGGGCGGGAUCAGCCCGGCGGCGUCACGCGGUGGCUUCGUCCUGACUGCUCACAGCGAGGCGGAGCUUCUGAAGGCCAAAAAGAAAGGCCUCUUCUUCCGGCGCUCUCUGCUCAGUGGCCUGCGUUUACGCAAGUCGGAGUCGAAGAGCUCGCUGGCCAGCCAGCGCAGCAAGCAGAGCUCGUUCCGGAGCGAAGCAGCCAUGAGUACGGUGAGCUCUGCCGCCUCAGAUGUCAACUCCACGAUCAGCCUGGGCGAGGCCGAGGGCGAGCUCCUGCCUUCCAGCACCAACGCCAACGAUGAUGCCAACGACGAUGACGGAGUGGAUGCUACGGCCACCGAGAGCUACGCGGGUGAGUGGAGGAACGACAAGCGUGCCGGCUGUGGUGUGAGUCGGCGCUCGGACGGUCUCUGUUACCAAGGCGAGUGGUUGAGCAACAAGCGCCAUGGCUACGGCUGCACCACGUUUCCCGACGGUACCAAGGAGGAGGGGAAGUACAAGCAGAACGCACUGGUCAGCGGCAAGCGCAAGAAUCUCAUCCCGCUACGUGCUAGCAAGAUCCGAGAGAAGGUGGACCGUGCCAUCGAAGGCGCAGAGAAGGCAGCCGAUAUCGCGAAGCAGAAAGCAGAGAUCGCUUUAUCCAGGACAGCCCAUGCGAGGGGGAAGGCUGAGGCGGCCAUGACGGCGGCACAGAAAGCGCAGGAGGAGUGCAGACUGGCCAGAAUCGCAGCGAAAGAGUUCUCACCUUCAUUUCAGCAUCGAGGAAAUGGAGUGGAGUGUGAGAGGCCGAAGCCACAGCCCUCGAGCGAUAACGACAUGGAGAUGAUGUCGAGCGAGACUCCAGACAGCACCGAGCUCUACAUGAAGGGUUCAACUCCUCCAGAGCUCACUCCUGACGCCAGCCCGGGUCCAAGUCCCACCUCCAAACCUCGGGCCCGCCCCAAAAACGCCCGCUUCUUGCGACAGAGUGCCGUGGAUGAUGAGAGGGGUGGAGCCUCUGAAAUUCAGGUUCUGGUGGAGGGACGAAGCCACGGAAGGCCGAGCGGACGGAGCGGAUUAGGAGAGGAAUACCCGAGAACGGUGAACACCAACGGUCACCAACGGCACUCCUCGUCCAAUCACAAGGCCUCGUCACGGGAGCACGGCUCGUCCAAUCACAAGCCGUCGUCGCGAGAGAAGUGGGCGGAGUGGACGUCGCACCGGACGCAGACGCGGCUGCUGGAGCAGGACGAGGAGAAGUUGAGCAACUAUGAGAUGGAGAUGAAGCCGCUGCAACCCAUGGACUCCAACUCCCAGAAGCCCUAUGGGCAAGGGGAGGAGCGUCACCGGGGCAAGAACCGGGGCAAGAACCGUGGAGACAGGGACAGAGAGAAGGAGAGAGAGAGAGAGGACACGGCACGGCCCAGUGUGGAGGCGAUGCAAAAGCUGGACACUCUGCGCGUGGGGGAGAAACUGGAGGCGUGGCCUCUGUGCAGGGACCUCAUGCUCUCGCCCCCGCAAAAAUCCUCACCCAUUGCACUAGAGCACGACAACGAGAAUCACACACAGCUCAAAGCCAACUCGGGCUCCAGCUCAAUUCUGGUUGUCAUGGUGAUUUUGCUCAACAUCGGAGUUGCCAUUCUGUUUAUUCACUUUUUUAUUUAA